AAGGUAUACAAUAUAGUUUUCCAUUCCAUCCUAUUCAAACUAUCUAAGACACCCUUUAUCAGAUACGUCAGACCAGAGACACAGGCUAUUUGAGUCCUAAGCAAAGCAAAGAAUAGCCUCUUCCUGUAGUUUUAUGAACAAUCUAACAUUGCCAUUUUUGUCAGAGUCCAAAAGGAAAAGUUUGGAAUAAGAAAUCUUGCAAGAAAAGCUAUUAGCUUUUGAUUGACAUGCUGAAACUACAGCUUAAAUAGCAGCAGCAUUGCUUGAUCGAUCCCUCCACAAAACCCCCCAGAGAGUUUCUUGGAAUUCAACCAUUUUUUCGGAGUGUUUUCAGUGCUCAUUUUGAUACAGAGGAACUGAAGAACAUGGCAAAUAUGUUAGGAGCAGGCGGCAGAGGAGCUGCUGCUGACAGGAGAAGCCCACAUGAUGUGAUCUUUGAAGAGAUUGUGCCUUCCUCUGGUUGGACAGAGGACAAAGAUCGCCACUGUCUAAUCAUUGAUCUUCCUGGGUUUAAAAUGGAUGAGGUGAAGCUUCGAGCUGAUAACUACGGGCAUUUAUUGGUAAGUGGAGAAAGGCAAGUGAAUGGGAUAAAACACAUCCGGUUUCAGCAAUCUUAUCGAGUUCCAGACAAUUCAGACAUCCAGGAGGCCACUGCUAAGUUUGAAGAUGAAAUCCUUUACAUGAUCAUUCCCAAGACAGCUACAGCAGAAAACGAAAGUAACCGCGAGAAAGACACAGUACCACAAACUGAUCAUAUACAGGAAGAGAGCCAACAGAAGAAUGAUUCAGACAGAGAUCAUCAAGUGAUUGAUAAUGAUCAAGACGAAAUCGACAAUCACCAGAGGACUGAGAAGGGAUCGAGCGAAGAACCGAAAAAAGAAGAAGAUUGUGAUGGAGAACAUGAAGAAGAAUUUCAUGAUGCAAGGAAAGAAAGUGUGAGGAAUGAGAGCAGCCUGUUGGAAACACUAAGACUGCAGUUGAAGAAGAAUAAAGGGAUAGUUGUCACAGCAGUCUUAGCAUUCUCCUUGGGGGUUUUCGUCUGUCAAAAAUUCCAGACAAAUCCUGAAAAUUAAGACAUGACUUCGAACAAGUUCCUAUUGAUUAAGGGUCUUGGCGCUUGAUCACAUAAUGAUGGAUUUGAUUCUAGCCAUUCUCAUUCCCCUUGUUCUUCUUGAUACCUUCCCCCAUCUAAAAAUUGUUACUA